GUUAAGUGUGGGCUUACUGGUGGGGGUUGUCCUCUCGUAUCUUUUCUUGCCUGGCUCUUCUUACAUGCAGUCCUCAGCAGCUGGAAGAUGGCGACGGUGGAGAGGAUCAAGGAAGAGCAGGCUGAGCCUUUCUGCACUGCCCAAGGGGACACGGAUAACAAGAAAGACUUUAAUGUGGAAAAUCUGAGCAAGCCAGAAUUACGUUUCCUUUUAAGUAUUCUAGAAGGAGAAUUGGAAGCAAGAGACCUUGUUAUUGAAGCCUUGAGGGCACGAAGAAAAGAAGUUUUUGUACAAGAAAGAUAUGGGAGAUUUAAUCUUGGUGAUCCCUUCUUGGCUCUACAAAGAGACUUUGAAACAGGCCUGGUUGUUAAAGAAAAGAAGCCAAUCUGUAGCAAUCCACUCACUAUUUUGGAGGCUGUUAUGUCUCACUGCAGGAAAAUGCAAGAAAGAAUGUCGGCACAACUGGCUGCAGCAGAGAGAAGGCAAAAGAAGCUGGAGUCGGAAAAUACUCGUCUACAAAACAUAGAGCAAGAGCACAAGAAGCUAAUGCUUCGUCUUGAAGAAGAACGAGCUAAAAAUAAGCAUGUAGUUCUUAUCCUUGUUAAGGAAUGCAAGCUUUUGUCUGGAAAAAUAAUAGAAGAAUCUCAAAAGCUUGAAGAUGUAACAUCAAAACUAGAAGCAGAAAAGAAAAAGGGUGCUGAACUAGAAGAAGCUUUGGCUGCAGAAAAACAGCUUCGAUCACAAAUGGAAGCGCAGAUGGAGGAUCAGAUUAAAAAACAGAUUUCAGAGUUUGACACAGAAAGAGAACAACUUAAUGCCAAGCUUUGUCAAGAGGAAGCACGUACCAAAGAGUUACAAGAUGAAAUAGAUAAAAUGAAAAAAAUUAUUGAACAAUUAAAAUUGUCAAAAGAUGAUAAUAAAGCAAACCAAGCCCUUCUUCGGAAAAACAAAGACAAGCACACCAUUCCUGCAGGAGCAGGUUCACGGUCUGUUUCUUGCCAGGCAAAUAUUUUACAUGUAGACACUAACUCUGAAAAUCUAAAAAAGUCUCCUUUGACCACACCAGCCAGACCAUCCAUAGUAAAUCAUGUUGUAGCUGGUAACACAAAAAUAAAUUCUUGCACAAAUUCAGCAUUCUUAAAGCCAGGUUCAGAUAAGCAAACUCCCCUUAAUGAUUCAUUGAUUAGUCUUCCUUCAAACCAUGGAGUAAAUGUAAGGACAGAAGAGAAUGGGUCAUCCCAAGAUCCAACAAGCAGUACUUCUCUUUAUCCAAAUAAUUCAUUUUGCACCUCUCCAGCUUCUCCAAGUUAUUUGUCUCAGUCUAUGCAGAGUUUACAUUCGCAAUGUACCAGCACUACCAUAAAUUCAGGUCUUAGUCCUCGAAUUCAGGCUGCAAAAUUUAAGUUCCAGGCCAAUGCUAAUGAACAUGAUCAAAAUGGAAACACAACUCAGCCUCGGGAAUUAUCACCGAACAGCCGUGAAAAUAUAGCUGCAAAGCAAAUGGCAAGAAAUACUGUAACCCAAGUCCUUUCCAGAUUUACAGGUCCUCAGGGAAACACACAAUUGAGACCUGGGUUUGCACAUCCAAUGGAAACUGGUACUUAUCCUCCAGUGGCUGGACGAGCAGGCCACCCUUCUCUUGCACUGAAAUCUACUUCAGUGUCAAGAGUGGACAGAGGGAACCCUCCACCCAUUCCUCCAAAAAAGCCAGGAUUGUCCCAAACUCCAGCUACUCCUCACCCUCAGCUAAAGGCACCCCCAAAUGUAGUAGGAAAAAGUGAGAGCAAGCCCAUAACAUCUGUUCCCUCCUGUUCAGCACAUGGAAUCAGGGUUUUAAAUGAGGAAGGUGUAUCUAAAUCUUCCUCACCUCAGCUGCCACCAAAACCAACUAUAGAUAUACCUGUGGCAUCUGCAGGCUGUGUCAUACCAGCCAUAGGCACAUCACAGGUGGGUGCUUGGCCUUCCCAGUCCCAUGGAUGGAAACAACCUGCAUGUUCAGAUCGUUCCCUUGUCAUUCCCACAACCAUUGCCUAUAAUUCCUUCAUAAACCCUGUUAGUGCUUCAUCCUGUAAACCAUGUGAUUCUGACAGCCUCCUGGUAACAGCAUCAGGCUGGUCUCCCUCCCUAACUCCUUUGCUUACAAGUGGUAGUCCUGUUCCCCUGGGAGACAGGUCGACCCUUCUUCACCAAGCUGCUGCCCAGGGAAAUGUCACUUUAUUGUCAAUGCUGCUUAAUGAAGAUGGAAUGGAUAUUAAUCAUUUAUCUAAAGUUGGUCAUUCUGCCUUGUAUUCUGCUGCUGUAAAUGGACAUACAGACUGUGUAAAAUUGCUGCUGAUGUCAGGAGCACAAGUGGAUGCUGCUGUUUCAAAUGGCUUUACGGCUUUAUGCACAGCAGCUUCUCAGGGACACUCAGAGUGUGCAGAGAUUUUAAUUUCAUUCAAUGCUGAUGUCAAUCAUGUUGCUGGAGGACAGACCCCGUUAUGUCUUGCUUGUGAAAAUGGCAAUUCUGACAUUGUCAGACUUUUGCUGGAAGCUGGAGCUGAUCGAACUAUUACACAAAAAAAUGGCUGGACACCAGUUCAUGUAGCUGUAGAUGCUGGAAAUAUUGAAUGCCUCAAACUCCUUAUGUUCUUUGGAACUACCUUUGAUGGAGACCUGCUAAAUUGCAAUAGUGACUCUGAUGUUGAAUUUUACAACAAUAAAAAUUUAGAGCUCACAUCUUGCAGAGCUGAAAGCCCCAUUGUUACCUCGGAACUAAUUAACUGUGCGGACAAAGAAGGAUGGACUGCUGCACAUAUUGCUGCAUCAAAAGGCUUUAAGAAAUGCCUGGAAAUCUUGUGCUCUCAUUGUGGGCUUGAUCCAGAGAGAAAGGAUAACUGCCAACGAACAGUACAUGAUGUGGCAACAGAUGAUUGCAAACAUCUCUUGGAAAACCUGUAUUCUCUUAGAAUCCCAGUUAGGAUUUUACUUGAUGAAAAUGUUCAGCUCUGCUGUAGCCCCAGUGAGUGGGAAAGUUGGGACAUAUGCACUAUGCACAUUCACAAACAGACAACGUGGGACGAAUUUUCAUCGUCUGUGAUGCGUGCAAUCAUAACCCAUUUUGGUACAGUUGUUUCUGAUGGAUGGGGGAGCCAAGAAGACCUAACAUUUAAUAACACUGCAGAAUUCAGCCUUGGUGCAGUCAGUGACCUGUCAUUCAGGCUAGGAAAUAGUUCCUGGUCACUUGGUCAGAUGUUUCUUCAGUCACCUUGGGAUUUCAUCAAGAUAAGCAAAGUAGACAAAUUAUCUAUUUUAAUACCUGGCCCAAAGGACGGUUACCUUAACAGUGUGGCAUAUGCAUCAAUGAUUCCUCUACAGACUUUGCAAAACUUCCUGCGCUUGGUUGAACAGUAUCACAAUGUGAUCUUUCAAGGCCCGGAAGGAAGCUUGCAGGAGUACAUAGUACAGCAGCUGGCAUAUUACAUAAAGCAAAAAGAAGAGGCUUCUGGAUUCAGAUGUGAUAUAGUGAAAGUGGAGGUAGACCCUGAAUUAACCAAAGAACAGCUUGUGAGCAUAUGCAUCAAUUCAGGUUGCUUGAUCCCUGUUACUGAUCCACCUCCAUCUAAAAAGAAAAUCAUUAUUGUCUUAGAGAACUUAGAAAAUGCUUUGUUAUCAGAGCUGCUUUGGGAUAUAAUGGCACCUUUGGAAGAUCGCAGCAGUGAAAAUCCAUAUUAUGUUCAAAGAGCAAAUGGCUUGUCUGAUGCCUACUACUUCCAUGAAGGUUGCUUUUUGAUGGGAACUGUUGCAAGACCCCGCUUACAAAGUUCUGAGCUUUUGGUUCAGCAGCAUUUCCGCUGGGUUCAACUAAGGUGGGAUGGAGAACCUAUCCAAAGUGUGCUCCAGAGGUAUCUAAAAAGGAAAGCUGUCUAUCAGUUUAAAGGCCAGAUCCCUUCCACUAGCGAUCCAGUUUACAAAGGAAUAACCUGGGUUUGUACAGUGUGGCACCAGCUGAAUUCCUGCUUGUCUCGCUUGGGCACACCAGAAGCCCUUAUUGGCCCACAGCUGUUUUUCUCUUGUCCCGUAGUUCCAGGAAAUGAGCAUAUAAUUGUAAAAUGGAUGGCUAAAUUGUGGAAUGCAGUUAUUGUUCCCAAGGUUCAAGAAGCCAUAUUAUCGAUAGCCUCAGUGAGGACACCUUCCACAAAUAUCACAGCGGCUAAAUCUCCAAGUCAAGGUCAACAGGCAGUGGUUAAAGCGGCUCUGAGUAUUCUUUUGAAUAAGGCCAUUUUACAUGGUUGUCAUCUUCCAAGAAAUGAUCUUGAUCAGUAUAUAGCUGAUUUUAAAGGAGGCAGCUUUUCUUUAUCGAUGAGUUCCACCUACCAAUCAGGAAGAAAAAGAGGAGAAAAUGGAGCCUGGAGAAAAGUCAGUACAAGUCCUCGCAAGAAAUCCAGUCGUGUCUCUACAAUGUGGAACAAACAGGAGGGGAAAGAAGUGGAACUGCCCAAGAAUGACGUGAAGCAAAGAAGCAUUGUGUCACUGGCCAAGAGGAAGCCCUUGGAAGAGAACCGUCCCACACUGUGUAAUCUGGACCAAAGAUAUUUAAAUGGCUCAGAUGAUGAGGUUGAUCUUGUAAAAGAACUGAGGACUUUGUGUUCCAGUAAGUCAGAACCAGACAUCAGCAAGAUUACGGAAUUCGAUAAUUGUCUAGUCAUAUUUAAAAGUCCUACAAAUGACCAGAAGCCAGCAACUAUAACUGAGCAGCCUUUCCAAAAACAAAAAACAGACAUGGCCUGUCCUCUAAGCAGCAGAAAGAAUUUAGAAUCCAGCAUUCAGAAACCAAAAGCGGAACCUGGGAAAGCCAAGUCCUCGCUCCCUGUACCUCGAAACAAAGUUACCGCAUGUGUUCCAGCCAACAGAAGGAGCAGCAGCAAUACAAGGCAAAAAGAGAUCAAUCAUGACUCACACAACGAGAUUUGGAACUUGCACAAAAAUAUUGAGAUUAAUAAUGCAAACAAAUGAUCAGUCUAAUUUGUACUGUUUGCCUCAUCAGCCGUUUAGCUGCAAGAAGGGCCUCAAGCAUACUGUUCAUACUGUAUGCACAAAUUACAGGCCUUUCUAGCAGCGCAGGCUUGAAAUGUACAAAGAAUAGAAUUAUUCAUGUAAAUAUGAAACAAGGCAUUUCCCUAUAAUGUAUUAUGUAUAUGGGUCCAAAACACUUUGUGUAAAUACUGUUUAUUAUAUAUUGAUGUUACAGUUGUUAUAUAGACAAAAUUCUGUAUUACAGAAGCAUUUUACUUCUUUAAAUCUAAAGAAUUCUCUCUUUUUUGCCAAACGUGUAACUAAUUCAUUUCAGUGGUUUCACUAAAGGAGAAAUAUAUAUGGGAAUGUCAAAAGAAAUAAUGUGUUAAAAAGUAUUCCCUAUAAAAAAAAAUACAGUAUUAUUUCACAUGCAGUCUAGAUGCACCUACAUUAAAGUAUUUCUUUAAAUUACAUUGCUGUACUUAAAGCAUUUAAAGAGCAGUGGCAAUAAUACAACUAAGUAGAUUCAUAGAAGCAUAAUCAAUGCACCUUUUUACACAAGCCAUAUGCAGUAUGUUGACUGUUCUUUUGACAUGCCUAAAAUUGCUUUAGCUUCUUGUGUAGUACCUAUCUUGUGUUGCAUCUUUUAUUCUGUAGCAAAAUAACUCUUCAUGCAAUAAACAGAACUACCCUAA